UCUACACAAAAAUUAAACGAUAAAUUAAAAAUAAACAAAAGUAAAUAAACAAAAAAUGUUAAACAAUGAUCGGAAGAAAUUUUACCUAAAACUGCUGACGGCAUUGCUAUGUCUCACCACCUCCAGCGCCAAACGCAUACAUGCCUCAUACACUGGUACACAUAAGCCUACAAUGGACGGUCGCAUAGUUGGCGGCGUUGUGGCGGCAGAAGCUUCAGCACCGUAUCAGGUCUCGAUACAAUCUAUUUUUGGUUCUCAUUUGUGUGGCGGCGUUAUAAUUGACAAUCAACACAUAUUAACUGCAGCACAUUGUGUGGAAGACUAUCCACUUACAAUGUUGCGUAUUAUUGUUGGCACUAAUAAUUGGCAAGAACCAGGGGCAGUAUUUCGUCCUGAAAUGGCUACACCACAUUGUCGACAAGACGAUCCAUUCUAUCAUAAUGAUAUUGCUACGGUGAGAUUGGAUGCACCGAUUGAAUUUAAUAAUUAUACACAAAAAAUUGAAAUCGCCGAGACAUUACCUCAGCCGGGUGAUGUUUUAACCUUAACUGGUUGGGGUAGUUUGAAUCUUAAUGAAUAUCCUCCCGAGAAACUAAUGACAUUAAAUGUUACACUUAUAUCACGUCAGCAGUGUUUAACGGCCUGGGAUAAUGAUGAAGGAGUUGGUAUUGGACAUAUUUGUACUUAUACACGUGCUGGAGAAGGAGCUUGUAAUGGAGACUCUGGUGGUCCAUUAGUUUAUAAUGGUAAAUUGGUGGCUUUAGUUAAUUGGGGUGCACCGUGUGCUAUGGGUAAACCUGAUAUGCACGCAAAUGUGGUUUACUAUAGAGACUUCAUAAGAUUAGCGCUAACUCAAUGCACAAGACUGAGAGGAUAGUUGGUUUUAGUUUAAGAAGAAUACAGUUUUACUAGAUUUCAAUAUAUGAGAAAAAACACAGUUC